GCCCCACAAAUUCCGUAGCCGUCGAAAUGACUAUUUAUCGUGAUAUCCUUUCAGGAUUGGAAGCACUGGGUGUGUAGUUGUGCGUCUGCAAACAAAAGGCAUGGUCGCGUUUCGCCAAGCAUUGCCCCGACCCGUUUCCCCGUUCGGUAGCAGCGUCUCGCGAAACCAUAGCAACUUUGAAGACAUUUAACUUCGACUGUCCAGCACUGGCAUGUCUCCUCAGCCUCGCAGAAGCUGUGACUUCAGUGGAUUGUAAGCUAGCCUCGUUCAGACACCACACUAUAUUCUUCAGCUCCUUGACGCGAACAUUUACGAGGUUUUUACGUUCUACCUUGUGCGAUGUCUCUACCAUCCGGAUUUUGUCGGGUGUGCCUGCGUCUUCUGGAAAAUCCUCACGCUCUGUCUUGUGGGCAUUUCUUUUGUGAACAUUGCUUGCCUCCGGUUACAAGCUUCGAUGGUCCGGUUCCAGGAAUCAGUUGUCCAAUUUGUGGGGUGAGGGCAAGUGGAAAUCCUCUGAAAAUCACCCUCGGUAUCUUCCGGAGUGAUGUGGAUCAGAGCGAAUAUUCCAACAGAGCGAGAGCUUUCCCUAAUGAAGACUCUCCGUCAACAGCGAAUUACCUGCGCCUCCCUUUGGCUAAUCAAGAGGAGAUGAAGACACGAUUACGCCAACUUAAAGAGGAUGUCCAAAUUUUGACGUUGAUGACCGAUAUGGAACACUCGGGUACCAAUACAGCGGCCCAGCUGCAGACAGCCCAAGAACAUCUUCGCGAAAUUGAAACUGGCGAAGGAUCGUCGUUCGACGAUGGCGAUUGAUAGUUGGACAAUGAUUCCCAACUGCUGGGAAUUUAUCUUGUCCAUCGUAUCAAACUGAACUGGACCUGAUUCUCGAAGAUAUAGGACAUUUGUGUUUGUUCUCGAUUCCCCCCGUU